AGCGACCACUUCUGUCACUUGACAGCAGCGCUCUCUCCGCUGUCAGUCUCACGUCCCGUGCCACGGCUUGAGUCACCGCUUCGGCUCGGCGUCUCGUUCUCCACGCUUUUUAUCUUAGCAGAGUAUUAGAAAAAACUUUUAACUUUCUCGGGUGUGCUGAAGGACCCAGAAAUUACUGGAAAAACAGCAAGUGUCCACGAACAUUUUUUUUUCUCCCUCUGGUGAACCUGCGUCGCUUUUUCUUUUUUUUUUAAGUCAGACACGGUGUAUCCAACGGUGUGGAAGUUCAUUUUUGAAUUUCAUCUCGGAGUCAUUUUGUGAGGAAUAGCAGGUGAAUAUUUUCUCUCGCUGAGCGUAGAAGAGUCUGCGGGAGGAGAGGACAAACGUCGACUUACGACAGCAGAACUACUUGAGUUGUUACCGAUGGCGCAACGACCAACAGAUAGUCUGAAGAUUGGGCUCUUCUUGUUCAUCCUCCUCUCUUCUGAAACAACUGGUUCAAGUGAAAAUGACCUGUACUUGGACUUUUGUGGAACCUGGCUCCAUGGCGAAGACUUCUUGAGCCUGAAUGUCAACCUCUCUACAGGCUGUGAUGAGCUCUUGAUUUCAGCCAAUAAGAGUUCUCUGUCUAUCCGUGGGCAGAUCACAGCUUAUUGUACAAGGCAUGAUGUAAUUCCCCUUAACCGUUUAAGAUCUGAUUCAAACGGCAGCAUUGACUUCUGUCUGUACUGGGAGCCAUUGCUGGACCAGUUGAAGCUGCAGAUUGGAAAAACAAACUUUGUUCUGUGCUGGCCAACAAGCCUGCAGGACUCUUGCUGCACCGACCUGUCUAAUGGCCCCAACAAACAAAUAGCAAGUUAUGGCAUCAAAAAUGGGAUGGUCAAAAAGGAUAUAAUCAGUGACAACACAAUGACAGCAUACAGCUUCGAGGGACAACCCACCAAUUGCAAAGAAUUAUGUGACCAAGCAAGUCAGAUGUCCAACCCUGACAGAAAAUAUGUGGAGACUCAGCAUAUUGAACGUCACUGCGCUCACAAAACUGAGGUGGAGAUGAAGGAAAACUUCAGUGGCUCCAAAGUCACAUCACAUGCCAUCCCAGGUGAACCUUCGGAGUCCACUACCACUGUUUAUCUGCCUCUUGCUUUAAAAGAAGCAGCAAAGAAUACCAGCAAAGUAGUCUGCACUUUUUUCAGAAACAACUCCCUGUUUCAGGAGGGCCAUAACUACAAGGUUCUCAAUGAUGUGGUCGGAAUCACUGUGGAGAACGAAGUUAUCAGUAAUCUGUCUGAGCCAAUUAGGAUUGGUUUUCACCAUGAUGACAUACCUAAAAUGUAUACAAGGAAAUGUGUUUCAUGGGACACCAGGAAAGAUCCUUUGCAGGUGAAUUGGUUGAUGGAUGGAUGUAAGACAAAACGGAGAGGAACAAAACAAACUGAAUGCCAGUGUGACCAUCUGACUUACUUCAGCGUGCUGGUGCAACUUGAGCCUCGACCAGUGCGCCACCUCCUGGCACUCACCGUCAUUACAUCUCUGGGCUGUGCUGUCUCUGCUAUCAGCUGUGUCGGUCUCAUUAUUUUCCUCUGCAGGAAAAGGACGCGAUCUAAAGAGCAGUCCAUACCCAUCCACUUGGGCUUAGCUGUGUCCCUGGCCUUCCUCGCCCUGCUGUUUUUCUUCACUGGAGUCUUGGCCAACGUGGGAGGGGAGAGCGUGUGUACCUGGGUGGGGGCUAUGCUUCACUACGCCCUGCUCAGCUCUUUUGCUUGGAUGGGCAUACAAGUGUUCCACACCUUCUGGUUGGUCUUCAUGAUUUUCACCCCCUCCCCGAAGGCGUAUGUAUGGACCUUGGUUGGCUUCGUUCUCCCUGGUGUUCCUGUUGGCAUCCUGGCUGCAGUAGGUGAUAUUUAUGGAGUGAGAGAGGUGGUGGCAAGCGAUGACGUCUCCAACCCUUACCGGAUGUGCUGGAUAAAAGAGAACAAAAAGGCCUUCCUGGCUCACUGUUUCACCACCAUGACGGUCCUGGCCAUUCUGGUGUUAUCAGGCUUUGUGAUGCUGUUCCUGGUCUACAGAAAGAUCCGCACCAGGGAUGAAUGGAGUCAGAACCGUGUGGCUUUUUUCAGCAUUUGGGGCCUCAGCUGCCUGUUUGGAACAACUUGGGGUCUGACCUUCCUAGACUUUGAACCCCUCUCUGAUUGUAUUCUCUUCCUCUUCUGUAUCCUCAACUCCUUCCAAGGUUUCUUCUUGAUGCUGCGGUUCUACAUGCUGGACAGGAUGCGCAAACAGGCUGGGGGCUCUGGUUUCGGCAGCACCAGCACCGGAUCUACCAGGCAACACAUGUUACAGGCCCAGGAGAAGAGUUAAAUGGGCCAAAUAAAGUUGUGGUACACAAUACAGAGGCAAAACCAAGCUGCAGCAGUCUAUAUAACAGAUAAAACAUGAUAGAGGACUAGGCACCAGUCCUGAGAGGAGUAGGCACCACUCCUAAGAAAGUGUAGAUUAAGUUCAGAUGAAAUUCUGUUUCCUGUGAAACAUGCACAUACUCUCUUCAUCAUAUGCCAUUUAUUCUUCUGUUAUCCUUUUGUACUGAACAUCCCAGGCCAGCUGUAUUAAUAAACAUAGCACACUGAGCAUAAUGAACAAUGGACACAUCAUUGAAUUUCCAAAAAUGUCAGUCAGUUUGGAUAUACUAGUUGUUCCACGCACCAUUUAGGUGGUGGCGACUCAAUGUUACUGUUGCAUUAGUGAUGAUUGAAUGACUAGGAGAGUGCUAAUGCUUCAGCAUAUUAAUGGAUUUCUUGUAAAAACUAGAAAAAGCUACUGAAUCUUUGAAAACACAGUCUGCUUAGUUUGGUCAGUUUGAAGAGAUGAAGCCAGCAGUGCAGCUGGUUAAUGAAAGACAUAAGGGAAGUGACUCAUAUGAAAAUCUGAAAGUUUUCACAAGACACAGAAUUAGUAAUUACCCCUGAGUGCAGGAUGAUUCAUCACCAUUUAAAAAUGAUUAGAGGAAUACUUUAUUAUAUACAUGUCUCAUGUCCUUCUUUGGCCAGAUAUUGGCGUAUAUGUGAUUUCAGUUGAUUUCAUGGGGACUUUAAAACCUUCUUUUGGCGGCGGCUUUUCAAAUGAAAUAGAAUGUUAAUGUGCCACAUACAGGUAUUUAUGUCACACUCCAUUGACACAGGUGUACCUCACACAUUCCAAGGGUGUGCUGUGCUAAUCACCUCAUUAAAUUAAGAAUUAAGCUUAAAUUAAAGAGUCAAGUAAAUCAAUCAAAGUUGCGGAAAGAUGCAUAUUGCAAAUGAUAAUGUUUGUUUAAGUAAAGCUGCAGAUGUCACUCCCACAUCUAACAUUUUGGUGAGAUUAGAUAAAUAAUAUAUAAAUAAAGUCUCACAGUAAACCUGGUGUGGGAAACCCAAUCCACUUGUUGUUAAAUUAUCUUAAGAAUAUACUUUAUUACUUGACUCUUGUUCUCUGGACCAGUGAAGAAGAAAUAACACCAUCACUCAGGAACUCAUAAUACUUGCCUGGAGCCUGUAUUUGCAGUAUACCUAGACUGGCUCUAGUUAUGGAAUUUAUGUGAGAUUAAAAAGAGUAAAUUGUAAAUAAAGUUGAGCUUUAUUUCCAGAACAUGAGGAUGUUAAAUGAUUCUAAGUAACUGUGCUGUGAUUUCUGUUAUAUUGCUUAUUAUGAAACAGAAGAUUAUACACUUUUGCCCAUAAAGUUGGAAUAAUAUUGUUUUCAGAAACAUUCCUUUUUCUAUUCCUAUUUAUACACAUAUGUUGUGUUUGGAAGAGAUUAAUCCAUGAAGUUCUGAGAAGAUAUAUACUUUACCAGGAAUAAAUCCCAUUGUCACAAUCAUUACUUAAGAAGAGGUAAAAAAAUAAAAAAUAUUUGAUUCCAGCUUUAUGGGCAAUAGUGUAUUAUUGAUGAGCUCCUCAACCUUAGAUAAGCUUUUUUUUUUUUUUUUUUUUAAAAAACAAAACAAAACAACAACAAAAAAACAUUUUAUAUUAUGUAUGCUUUUUUCUGUAGCUGAUUUUAAAAUAGCACUUUAGAUUUUCAGUCUGUAUUUUUUUUUUAUAUAUUUCAUGACCAGUAUGUGCCCGACGUAAAGUAACAACUGAAUGUUAUAGAAUAUGAGAUCAUAUUCAUAGGGAUAUUCAGGGAGAUACUGUGAGGCUUGCACUUUUUAUUUUUAUUUUGUAAAUUUGAAUUUGUUGUUACUAAAAUGGUUGUUUAUUUGUCAGUGCGAAUGUAUAUACAGUAUUAAUAAAUAUCUUUUGGUUAAAAAUUAA